UUUUCCAGAAGAGAGGGCGGGGUACGUGUCAGUCCCCUCCUCUCCCUCACCCCUCCUAUUCCUUCUCGGUUUGAAUUUCUUCCCCUGGCAUUUCACUGGCUCACAGAGCAAGAGACCAGACCUACACAGAGGGGAAAGCCAGGCUGCGCCUCCCCUGCUGCUGCCAGCCCAGAACUGGAACCUGAAGAGGGUGAGGGGAGAAAAAGCAAAGCAGGAGGAGCUUGGCUUCCUCUCUCAUCUGAGGACAGACCGGUUCCCUUCAAGAACCUCACAGAGAGGCAGACUGCAUCUCUGCAGCGAGCUUUUGGAGUACCACUGGCCCAGCGGCUAAGGAUGGUGAUGUCUCUGAGAGCAGGCUGCAGGGCAGCGCUCUCGCUCUGGAUUCUCAGCGGCUUCAUCUGCAGAGCCUGGACAGCUCCUUCCACGUUCCAAAAAUGUGAUGAGCCUCUCGUCUCUGGUCUUCCCCAUGUGUCCUUCAGCAGCUCUUCCUCCCUGUCCAGCAGCUAUGCACCUGGCUAUGCCAAGAUUAAUAAACGAGGAGGUGCUGGGGGAUGGUCUCCAUCAGACAGUGACCACUAUCAAUGGCUUCAGGUUGAUUUUGGCAAUAGGAAGCAGAUCAGUGCCAUUGCAACCCAAGGAAGGUACAGCAGUUCUGAUUGGGUGACACAAUAUCGAAUGCUCUACAGUGACACAGGGAGAAACUGGAAACCCUAUCAUCAAGAUGGCAAUAUCUGGGCUUUUCCGGGAAACGUCAAUUCUGACAGCGUGGUCCGACACGACCUGCAGCAUGCAGUAGUUGCCCGUUAUGUACGCAUUGUGCCCCUGGACUGGAACGGAGAAGGUCACAUCGGGCUGCGUGCGGAAGUCUACGGCUGCGCCUACUGGGCCGACGUUAUCAACUUUGAUGGCCAUGGUGUGUUACCAUAUCGAUUCAGAAACAAGAAGAUGAAAACACUCAAAGAUGUUAUUGCUUUGAAAUUUAAGACCUCUGAAAGUGAAGGAGUACUUUUGCAUGGUGAAGGACAGCAAGGGGAUUACAUUACUUUGGAACUGAAAAAAGCAAAGCUGGUCCUCAGUUUAAAUCUAGGAAGCAACCAGCUUGGCCCCAUCUAUGGCCACACAUCUGUGACAUCUGGGAGUCUGCUGGAUGAUCACCACUGGCACUCUGUACUCAUUGAGCGCCAGGGACGCAGCAUUAACUUGACGCUGGACAGGAGCAUGCAGCAUUUUCGCACCAAUGGAGAGUUUGACUACCUGGACUUGGACUAUGAGAUAACAUUUGGAGGCAUACCUUUCUCUGGUAAGCCAAGUUCCAGUAAUAGGAAGAACUUUAAGGGCUGCAUGGAAAGCAUCAACUACAAUGGUGUCAAUAUUACCGAUCUUGCCCGAAGAAAGAAAUUAGAGCCAUCAAAUAUGUUUAAUAUUGUAAGGCAGACAUUGCCCAACAGGCUGACAGUAGUGGAGGGAGAUUUGAGAGGAUAA